UUCGUUUGAGGAAGGUUUCUUAUCUCGCUCCCUUUUACGUGUGCAACAAGGAAGCCCGUGGAUUUGCACUGCGUGGUGGACUUUGACAUUGAAGUUUGGGUCCUCUCGAAACAGAAACAACAACAAAAAACUGGUUCGAAGUGAUUGUAGCCAAUAUACUGUAGCGCUGCGCCACAAGCUGCGUUGCCUGCCUGGUGCACGGCGUGCACUCCACCACCUGCAGCACGGCGUGCACUGCACAAAGAUUGCAUCUCGGAGUCCAAUUCGGCGCAUAAUAUUUGGAGAAAAGUGCUUGUUUGCUGGGUGGAAGUUGGACAAGAUGUGAGGGCUUUUGUGCGCAAAAUGCGACUCGUGGAUAACUUGUUGAAUGAUCCAGGCAGACCCCGUUGAAUGACGCUGCCCGUGGCUCAAAAACACCAGCGAGAUCAAACCGAGACAUCUGACAGCUGCGUCCUCUUUGCACAUCGCGUCUGACCGCGAGCUGACCCGCCAGUCGCCGCUUGCUGGUUGGCACACCACGUGGCCGCUAAUUGAAGGCGAAACGGGCACACACAGAGGCUAAUCGUGGCCUGGAGCUGCGAGCUAGGAUGCUGUCGCCGAUGCCGAAGGCACCUGCACUACAACGCUCAAAGCUGAGGUCCGUCUAGAACAUAUUAUCAUCACUGCCACAGAACUUGUUAAAAAAUAAAAUAGAAGGAGAAUUCCAGUGAAAGAUCAACAAUGCUCUUGAACGUUGUGCUCACCAUGCAUGCCGUGUACGGCAGUGUGACGCACGCCAUGCAACACUACCCGGCAGCCUGGGGACACUAUGACGUGUGCAAGUCCCAGAUCUACACGGAGGAGGGCUUAGCAUGGGACUACAUGGCCUGUCAGCCUGAAGCCACCGACAUGACAAAGUACUUGCGAGUGGCCCUCGACCCCCCGAACAUCACGUGUGGGGACCCGCCUGAAACCUACUGUGCUUUGGAGAACCCCUACAUGUGCAACAACGAGUGCGAUGCCAGCACAGAGGAACUGGCUCAUCCCCCUGAGCUGAUGUUUGACUUUGAGGGCCGCAACCCCACUACUUUCUGGCAGUCCACCUCGUGGAAGAAAUACCCAAAGCCCCUGCAAGUCAACAUCACGCUGUCGUGGAACAAGACCAUCGAGCUGACCGAUGACAUCGUUCUGACCUUCGAAUCGGGCCGACCGGAGCAGAUGGUCCUGGAGAAGUCACUGGACUAUGGCCGGACGUGGACCCCCUAUCAGUUCUACGCCACCGACUGCUUGGACGGCUUCACCAUGGAACCUAAGACAGUGGGCGAUCUCACCCAGCGCACACUGCUGGACAUCAUCUGUACCGAAGACUACUCCCGAGGCUACGUCUGGAAGAACGACAAGACAGUACGCUUUGAGAUUAAGGACCGUUUUGCCCUGUUCGCCGGUCCCCGUCUGCACAACAUGGCCUCCUUGUACGGCCAGCUGGAUACCACCAAGAAUCUGAGGGACUUCUUCACCAUCACCGACCUAAAGAUUAAGCUGCUGAAGCCAGCCACUGGAGCCACCAUGGUGGAUGAGAACAACCUGUCCAGAUACUUCUAUGCUAUCUCCGACAUCAAAGUGCAGGGAAGGUGCAAGUGCAAUUUGCACGCCAACAGCUGCGUGUUCGACAAGGGCAAGCUGGGCUGCGAGUGUGAGCACAACACCACAGGGCCCGACUGCAGCCGCUGCAAGAGGCACUACCACGGACGAGCCUGGAGCGUGGGCUCCUACCUGCCGAUACCCAAAGGAACUGCAAAUAUAUGUAUUCCCAGCAAUCAUGGACCCGUGCAUCGAGCAAACGCGUCAUUUCUUGGUGUCGCGAAUCGUAAGCAAGCCCGGGUGUGCGACAACGCCAUGCUGCGCUGUCAGAACGGCGGCACGUGCCACCACCACCAGCGCUGCCACUGCUCCACCGGCUUCACCGGCGUCCUUUGCGAGAGGGCCCGCUGCCAGGGCCCCGGCGAUUGCGACGACCAGCUAGCGGGACGGGCCUCCGGACGUCAGCUCACUGUCGCCACUCACCGGCUGUCUCUCGCCUCACUCAUGUUGGUUGUUUCUCUUUUCUGAGGGACCGCCAGUGAACGGAACUAUCUCCUAUUAGUAACCAAAACCCAUGAAAAGACCCGCACACGACGACGAGUUGGACAAAGAGACUCAUUUGUACAUCUCAGGACGCCGUUGUGGAUUGAUGAAGUCACUGCUGUCUUGGAAAUCUCACACAGAUUAAGAUUGUCUGAUACUUUAUGAGUAAAGGGGACUGGAGAGAACUACCUGUACAAAAAAUACACACAUGCUUUCUAAGAGUUACUCAUUCAUUUCUAUAGCGCAUUACGGUCACGGGUAAAGCCGAUCUCAGCUGACUUUGGGGAUGAGAUGGGGUUACACCCUGGACGAGUCGCCAGCCAGUCACAGGACACAUAUAUACAAACAGCCACUCACUCACAUUCACACCUGUGCACAAUUUAGAGUCUCUAACUAGCUGAACGUGCAUGUUUUGGGGGAAGUGGGAGAAGAAAAACCUACACAAGCACGGCGAGAACAUGCAAACGCCACACAGAGAGAGAUUCGUACCCUCGACCUCCUGACUGUGUAUCUGAUGUGCUAACCACUUGGCCACUGUGCCGCCUUCUAAGCAUUAUCAGACUCGUAAAAAAUGAUGACAGAUGAAAGUGCUGUUGUGGCAGACACUAGCGGGCAUGCCUCUCACCCAUUUGGCUGUUGGGUUGGGACUAUGUUUUGGGCGCACAAUUGUUGGCGCUAAAUAGGAGUUUCCUGUCUUGAAAUUUGUCGUGUUGAUGGUUGAAGAUGAAGUCCUGCAUGAGACCAGCACGUGCGUUCCUUUCAACUGCUACAUUGGAUGACGUCUGGGCCACCGAUGCGGCACUUCUUCAACUGCCAACAACAGAGUGAAUGUCAACACUUGGCGUCAACACUUGCACGCCCAGAACAUAGUCCACAAACCAUGCCCCCAACACAACACCCUCUAGUGUCGGUCACACUGUACAUCUCCAAAAUACUUGUUUUUUCCAACCAAAACAAUCUAAGCACACCACCAGCCGCUAGCAUACGUUACCAGUCGUGGUUUGAGAGAACAGACUGAACAAAAAAAGUCUAAAUUUUUCACAGUUAUGAGUUAAACUGCAUACAAAUGAAUUAAAUAAAUGAAAUUGGGGUGUAGCGUAUGUACUCGAAGCAGGAUGAGGGCGGGAUAUAAUGCCUGCAGCACGUUGCAGCGUGCAAUGAAGGCUGACAGCACCUUUAAGCGACAUUUUCAAACAUAUCUCCUCACUUGCCUUCCUUACCUUCCCAUCCCACCUACCUUCUUCCUUCCUUUACUUACUGUGCUUUGGUCUUUUUCUACAAUCCAGCCCAGUGACAAAUCUAGUUGGUUUCCGACACACUGAGCAGAGUUAUACUGUAUGCUUGCACAAUACAACAUGUCCGAAAAGGAGUAGGAAGAAGCUGCUCUUAUUUAAUCCUAUCCCCAGUGGAAUCAUGUGUUUUAUUUCGCUUCAUGUAGUAUUGGGAAGGGUAACAGAAAGUGUACUAUUGAGUAACUGUAUUUAAUUUUUGUACCAAAAAAAAAUAGAUAUUUUCCUGAAUUUGCAAAAGUGCUAAGACUGUGUCGCUUGUUAUCUUUUUCUUGGACUGCGAAAGGUUGUGUUAUCGUUUUUUUGCUUGUGUGCACACAUGGUUCUCUUAAAAAGAAAAAAAAACUGUUUACACACAAUACACUUCCACCACCAAAGGAGGAAAAAAAAAAGAAAUACGUCUGUCUUGUUGUUGUCAUUGGAGUUGUCACAUGGUGAAAUUGUCUGUAGGUGCUUUAUUUUGAAAAGCUGUCCACACUCACUCAAGCUUCUGGUGUUCAUAUUACGACUGACGAUUAACUUCCUGCUUGGAUGCUGAUGUUGCUUUUUCUUCUGUGAUGCACUCCGGACCAUGAUGGAGGCAGAACCAGAUGAACCUCAAUCAGCUCCGAAAAGACCCUGACAAAAACUGCAAGCAUCUCCAGAUCCAAUCUGGAAUCUAAUCCUUGAAUCAAACGGGAGGGAAUUAUGCUUGAAGGCAGGCGUCCUGCUGCGGGAACCUUCAUGCACCGAGGCGGUGAGAAAAUUAGCUUUAAUUCAAGGAGGGUCAAAUGAAUAAAAAUGAAGUCGCAUCCCACUGGGUGGCAUAUUGAGUGCUGAGACCAAUUUUAUUUGAGAGAUUAAUAACUCCCCUCCCGAGGUUGUGGUGAAACACCAAACUGUGUUAGAGUCUACUGUAAGUGCCUCUCAUUAAACGAUGAAAAAGACCAGCGAAUGGCUGUUUUUCAAAGCGAAUUUCAAUGCAGGUAUGUUUUAUACGAGGGCUGAGGGUUGGGAUAUUCUUCACAUUUCAUAUUAAAAGGGACAGCAUGCAACUGGCUCGAGAUUGCUGUCAAAUGAUUACAGUCAGUUUUUCAUCAGAUUAAUCCAGUUAAUUUAUCAUGAUUAAUCACCAUUUGCAGCUAUUCCUAAAGGAUACCCAUUUUUUUUUAUUUCAGGAAGAUGUAAAAUGACAGGACAUGAUUAUAUAUAUUUCACAUCAUGUAUGUUUAUUAACAGCUCCAAAUGAACUGAAAAUUCCAAUCAAGCUCCAACAUAGUACACACCAUAAUAGAUUUUGCCUGUCUCAUUAAAAUUUCUCUGAAGUAGGCUGGUAUUGUCAUUUUCAAAGGCAGUAGAGUAAGAAUGGUAAAAGUAAAAGAUACCACAUUUCUAUCCAAGAUUACAAUUCAGUUGGGACAUCUUGGCCAUUGCUAAUUUUUGCGUGGAAAGUAGAAGAACGCUGGUCAAUUUUGCCCAUUGUUUCGGAAACGGACGUAGCUUGGAUACAUUUUGUAAUGGGAUGUCAGCCUCUGCACGCAGAAGAACUGAUUGUCCAAGAUAAAGUGCAGACAAAUUUACCUUCAUGGCUGUCUGGUAUUGACGUACAAGUCGUAGCCUGUACAGCCACAAAAUCAGUUGUUGUCAUGAUAGUUUAUACAUUCAUUGAUAGCUAACAUUAGCAGUUAAACUUUGACAAACUGCUAAUGAUCUGACAAGAAACACAAUCAGUGCGCUUGCGAGUGUUACACAGGACAUACUUUACAUACUUCAAGCAGGAAGUGGCGGGAGAUGCUUGCAGCACAUUUCAAUGUUGGCGCACUUGAGGCAGCUGGACCCCAUUGCAUACAGUCCCUUUAAUACACGCUAAAACCAAUCCAAUGGACGUCUAGCAAUUAAACAUAAAUUGACCCCAAAUCCAGAAUACACGUUUAUCAUGAAAAGUUGCAUGAAAACAGUAUAGUAUGAUGCAGUAGCCGGCCAUCAUGGCUUAUCGUUUCCAUUUUUUGUGGAGUUGGGCCAUUACAAUUAUUUUUGUUUUCUCUGUGGCUCAAAUACUCCUUCAUAACGUUCAUUUUAUUUUGAGAAUAUUGCACAGGCCAAUAAAAAACAAGCUGCGGGCAACAAGCGGCCUCCGGGCUGUACUCUGAAUUAUUAAAUGGAUUAAAACGGCGUGUAUAUUCAUCCAGCGGAGCACUUCAUGUUUUCCAGGACAGGCGCGUGAUUAGCAUUGUUUUUAUUUUAGUCGGAAAAACAAAAGUCUAGCGGUGAGUCCUUGAAGAUUUGAAUGUUUUACAAGGGGAGAGACAAACACACUGUCAAACUGCUGAAUUUUUUGCAUAAAUACAAAAAAGCAGAAACAAAUAAUCUAACAUCACAUGUUCUCACAUGUUUUGUUGCUGUGCAGGAAAAAGCAAAGUGUUCAAGUAGAAACCAAAAACUGAAUACAAUUUACAUAUAAUAAAAAAUGACUUUCUAGUUGAGGGAUUAAAAUCAGUACAGUCUAUUAAAAUAUAUAUAUUUUUAAAUGUAAAUUAAAAUAAAAAAAAAAUGUACAUGGUGAUCUUUGCAACAGCAGUUGGCAUUGUGAGUCCAUUUUAUGUCAGAUCAUAAAAGUGGCAAAUAUCUUCUUUAUGUUAAAUGUAUUUUGCCUUUAUAAGUUAUGGAAUUACAGUGUUCCCUCGUUUAUCGCUAGGAUGGGUUCCAAAAUAGCCCGCAAUAAGUGAAAUCCGCGAGGUAGCCAACUUUAUUUGUUUACAGUUAUUAUAUAUGUUUUAAGGCAGUAAAACCCCUCACCAUACACUUUAUACACUCUUCUCAGACAGGCAUUAACAUUUUCUCACAUUUUAAACACUCUCAAAGUUCAAAUUUCGCUUGUAUUUUAAUGAUCAAUCUACUAGGUUGGACACAAGAAAUUAUUAAGUGACUCACUCGUAUUCACUCCUCUGACCGUGCAGCAUUUUUGUGUCCUUGUUAGAACAUAUUGCUUCUGCCGUCGUCCUACUCCUUGAUGUGAAGAUUCAUUUAGCCCGUUAGCUGCUUCUUCUUCUUUUUCUUGUUCAUUGGCAGUUAGCAAGAAGCUCGCGCAGUUAGCUAGGUUGCUAGCGAUGGCACAAAGGAGAUUGAUUGACAAUGUUCUACAGCCAGUCAAGACGCAGAACACAAUGGGCGGGCGCUCCCUUAGCCAAUAAGGACUGUUGUGGCUCUAUAUUUAGCCGGGUAUUGUCUACUGUGGGUUCCUAAUGUGCUCGUACAGGCACGUAAACACACAUCUGCAACAUGAGUAUACAACACCCUCUACUGGUGGCAGUAGUAAAUACAAUAACAGACACAUACAACACAGCACCGAUAGAUCGCUGUAAUACACCACAAGGACCCAGAACACAUAACGUAUAUUCAACUUUACUUUCUAUACUGUUGUCCUUUCAUGAGCUGAAAUGCAGUGUUGGGAGUAACGCCGUUAUUGUUUUCCAGAAAUGGGUAAUCUAAUUAAGUACUACUGUAUUUCAAACGUUACAACGGCAUCACAGUGACAGAAAAUGAAAUGAAAUUUGGCGCGUUAUUAUGCGCUGAUGUCUAUAUCAACCAUCUGGAUGCUACAGUCACUGUUGUACGCUGGAAACUAAAUAGCUAAACAACAAGAGCUGUCACUGCCUCCCACCGUUUUGGUAGAGAGUUGCAAGUCGAGCAAGCUCAGCCCUCAGCCUUAAAUUCAUGAAAUAAUCCCAAUUCUUUAACAUAUUUGAAGGUUUUUCCAAAAAGUAAAGCGAUAUUUACUUUGCCUGGUAACUAAUAACAUUUUGAAGGAGUGAUUCCAUGAUGAAUUCAGUUACUUUUUUUUUUGGAAAGUUAUUUGCCCAACACCUCUGUAAUGUGAGGGGUGCAGUCAUUUUUGGGAGGUACUGUACAUACUGUACAGCCUUUCAAUGCUUAUUUGCACUUUGUCACACAGCAUCUUUCUCCUUUUCAUCGUUUGGGGGAAAUGUUGGCAGGGAGCAGCUGUUGUGUCUCAGUGUAUUUGAAGGAAAGAACGCAGCCCUCCAUGUUGGGCCAAUCAAUGAAAGCAACAUUCAAAAGACAAACUCUGCGGCCCGCAGGGGAGUGGAAACUUUUCUGUCAGUCAACAAUGUAAAUAAUGAUAUUAGCAUGCAUAUACGACGAGCCUCGCCGCAUCCCCAGCUUAACAUUGGAUUCCAAAACUAUUUAAAUAUUAAUGGCGCUUCAGCUAAAAAUGGCAAUGCAGAGAGAUCCUCUCUUGACUUUUAAAACUGAAAUUAUAGCCAGACUUGUGUGGGACUUUUUGUAUUUACAGGGAGCGCCACAAUAUCCAGGAAUCAAAGCAACAGCAUGUUGUUUCGAACAAUAAAUCAUCCUUUUCCCGUCAGCGUCACAGAUUGAUUGUCAGCGACAACAAAAGACAAGAAAGGUGGCAGAAUAGCAGGUUCUUCGCUUCCUUGCAGCACAACGCGCACAAGAUACCAGCUGCCUGUUCCACGUAUUUACUUACUUCUCAGCGCACUUGUUGGAAAGCUUAUUAUCUUACUGGGUGUUUUCAGAUAUAAAAAUGAUAUGAACUCUCCACAGCACAUUUGACUAAAUUUGAUAAAUGGACCGACUGAGAAAGCUGAAAUGUUUGUCUUCAUUCGACAGCAUUCUUGUUUCUACUGAAUGAACAGCGCCUCUGCUGGUUGCGGCCAAGUACUGCACCCCAUUUUAACGCCUUUGUUUCACAAUUCAGUCAGCAGUCACUAUCCCACUAUCGAUCGAUAAUCAUGCCCAUUCGCCAUGCAAAAACACAAGUCAAAAAUGCUCUCUAUGACAGCAAUGCUCUGCUGUUUUUAAGGAUCUUAUUGUAAAAAAAUGCUAGUCAAAGACGCCCUAUAGGGGAAGAGAGCUCUGCUGUUUGUAAGGACUGACUUAAAGAUCCUCUACAUGCUUCUUAUAUGCUUUUUUAAGGACAAACAGUAUCUGUUUGUUAUUUUGGCACUUGGGAAUAAUCAGGCAUACUUCAUAGGUCAGUACAGUGCAGUAGAGUACAGUAUGUACUUUUAGCUAAAGCGUACACGUGUGAGCUUCCAGAAUCUACAGCAGAUUCUGCUCUCGUUUUUCUUCUCCACAAGUAAAACAAACUAUCGACUACACUUGGCAGCCCAUCAGCAGAUGCAUUGGUGUGUCUUGUAUGGCUUUAUGGAAGUCCUUUUCACACACACACACACACACACACACACACACACACUGACAUCGCAAAGGAAAGGUGGUGGGCGGACUGCUGGCUUGACACACACAGGCCGUACAGUAAAAAAAAAAAUCAAUAGCCAGGACAAAGAGCAAGUUACAAAGAGGAAACACCUUGUUGGAAGUGACCGCACACUCCCGAUGUGUUUUUAUAUAAAUAGUCACUUCCAACAAUGUGGCACUGCACAGUAUACAGGAUAUACAGUGCAUACCUGGAUAUCACUGCAGCACAAAACGGAGGUUUUCAGCUUCUAGUUUCUCAAGACCAGCAUGACAUGUGAGGGGAUGGAGUAGGCAUGAUGAUCAUAAUGACAUUCACUUCUAUACAGUACGGUACAAUAUGUAUAAUGGCACACGCUACAACACAGGAGACUUCCGCCAAGGAACCCUAACAUGUCCCAUCACGACAUGACAAGUCAUUCUGUUGCAGUCCGGCACUGUAGGUGGUGCUAAUGCACAUUAAAAAGUGCUUGUCAAGCGCCACAGACCGUAAACUCUAAACUUUAAGGGCACACUUGGCGCCAAUGCCAGCAGACUGUAACAACCUGAAGUGUAAGUCAUCUCAACAAACAUUUAACAUGCUCAAGGAUGUCGAGCGAUUAAAACCAAAAGUGUGACCAAUAUUGGUGGGUGUUCCUCCUCUCUCGGGGGCUUUUUAUGGUGUUCAUUUUCACUUCCAUGGUGAUGGCUUUUCUUUUCCUUGGCGAACCUCCAUCAGAAGCUUGGGAGACUUCACAAAGUGCAGAAUAAUAAUAAAAUUAUAAUGACCAAUCAUCUUUCUUGUCACGAUUGUCGGAUGCUUCCUGAUUUGAAUACAAUCUACAGCAGCAAUCAGCUCCCCAGCUACGGAUGGCAAUCCUAUUCAGUGUCACCAUCAUCAUCAUCACAGCUCUUGUCUAUUUUCUCUGCAUGUCGACUCCGGUGCGCCUGGCCCUCAGUGCCACACCUCCAUUGCAAAUCAGCCCCGGCGAAUAUUGACGGCGCCCGCCUCCGACACCCCGUUAGAGGAAUCACAUGUGCACCGCUAUGACACUAUAAGGACAUAAAUAAAAGAUAAAAGAUUGGCAGUCUGCGAGCAAGACGGCGCUCAGAUUGAAGCUUGGAAUCAGUUUGUCCUCUUUUUUCUUUUUUUCAUGCGGUGGGUUGGGGGAGUUAAUGGUCCCUCUGCCUUAACAACUUCAAGUAGGAAAAAAGCAAAAUAACACACAGUGUACCUGCAGAACUGAGCUAUUCUACACGGUUGUUCAGAGGUUCAUUUUCACAAAGAUCCUCUUUUAACUAUUAUUAUUUCUUUAUUAUUUCUUUAUUUAUAUUGAUAUAUACUGUUCAUGGCUGCACGGUGGCCUAGUGGUUGGCAUUUUGGCCACACAGUCAGGAGAUUUUGGUGAGAAUCUCCGUCGGGCAUCUCUGUGUGGCGUUUGCAUGUUCUCCCUGUGAGUGCGGGGGUUUUCUCCGGGUACUCCAGUUUCCUCCCACAUUCCAAAAACAUGCAUGUUAGGUUAAUUGGUGACUCUAAAUUGCCCAUAAGUAUGAAUGUGAGUGUGACCAAGGGAGGUGGGCAGAGCUAGGCGGACAACAGUGUACAAUGUAUUCACUAGCUCUGAGCUGAGUAUAAAAUAAAGUUAUACGCUGUGUGUACACUUUGA